AUGUGGAUCCCUUUAGUUGAUUUUGUUGCAGAAUUUAAUACUAUUACAUCAAACUCAUUAGUAUUCAUGAACAAAACAUUGUUUGGAGGCAACUGGAGCGGAUUAAAUCAAUUAGGAGAAGUUAUUAAUUCGCAAUUUGGUUUAUUAACACUAUCAAUUACUUCUGUCGUUUAUUUCUUUUAUUUGGCAUCUGAAAAUAUUUUAAUAUUUACAGGUUGCUACAUAAACAAUUUACCAAAUAAUAGAUGUUUGUAUAACUUAAAAGUUUGGGCAUUAAGCCUGAUUGAAUGCCUUCUAAACUGUUUUGGCAGAAGGAAAACAUUUACUUGCAAAUAUGGUGAAAAUGUUGAAAAAGUCAAUUUGAAAUAA